AUGAGUAACAGUGAAGGUAUCCCAAUCCGUCGUCUUGUAAUAAAUGAUCCCAAAGAUAUGCCGCUUCAUUAUGGAGAAACACCAGGUGGUAGUAUUUAUUCAACAACACCAGGCGGAACUCGUAUUUAUUAUGAUCGUGCUUUUCUCCUUUCUCGUCGUGAAUCGCCUAUGACACGUUCACCACCAUCAAAGCUACCUUACAUUCCGGAAGUUACUUUAAUUCCUAAACCAACUGAAAGUGAUAAUAUGACUGAAAAUGAUAUAAAUAAAAAAACUACAUCUGAUAUAACUGUUAAUAAUUCAAAUGUGAAUUUAUCCGAACAAAAAUCACCAUCUGGUAAAAAAGAAGGUGAUGAUCAAUUUUCAAUGGAUAUCUGA